CGAGUGGAGGGGGAUGAAGUGUCCGGAGGGAGGCCUGGGAAUGUGGGCUGGGGCCCGGAUGCCGGGGUCACCUGGCAGGAGCGGGCGGGGCGGAGGGGCGGACCCGAGUGUGCAGGCGUGUGUCCUGUGCCCGGUCGGGGCGAGUGAGAUGGAUGGCGGCGGAGUCGGUGGGCGCUGAAGCCUUGCAAGGGAGCAGAGUUGAUGUGUCAGGGGCGCCCGGACGGAGUGAGGGGCCUGAAAGUACGGCACAUGGGGAAUUUAGCGGACUCGAUUGAAUGAGGGCCGGUGGAGGGACGCGGGAGCGGAUGCCGGGCUGGAUGGGGACCGGCCGUGGGCAGGACACUCGGCCAUUCUCCUUUGAUCCAGACGAUGCCGCGGUGGAGACGGCGGAGGAGGCCAAGGAGCCCGCGGAGGCUGACAUCACUGAGCUCUGCCGGGACAUGUUCUCCAAGAUGGCAACUUACCUGACUGGGGAACUGACGGCCACCAGCGAAGACUAUAAGCUCCUGGAAAAUAUGAAUAAAUUAACCAGCCUGAAGUAUCUUGAAAUGAAAGAUAUUGCUAUAAACAUUAGUAGAAACCUAAAGGACUUAAACCAGAAGUAUGCUGAACUACAGCCUUAUCUGGAUCAAAUCAAUGUAAUUGAGGAGCAAGUAGCAGCUCUUGAACAGGCAGCCUACAAAUUGGAUGCAUAUUCCAAAAAACUGGAAGCCAAGUACAAGAAGCUGGAGAAGCGAUGAAAAACUUAUUCCUGUGGAACAAAGUCUUUUUUUAAUGUGGAAGAAUGAGACCUGAAUCCUGAGGCUGAUGAAUUGUCACAACUCCUCAAAAGGAAACCAUGCUGGCCGUCCCAGAAACAUCCCGCCAUUGGAGUAAACUGGAGAACUGUGGCUACUCCUGAAUUCCUCUUGGGGCAGUAUCCCUCAGAAACGCACACUUAUUACCCCCUACCUUUUACUUGAAUGUUUAAUUAUCCAUUUAGGACACUAAGUCUCUCAAAGUUCAGGAUAAACCUGGGCUUUUCAGUCGAAUCAAAUGAGAGGGCUUAUUUUCUAAGUGGCUGGAUUUUGAGUUACUGUGUAAAUGGUUGUUUUUUUCUAUUGAGCUAAUGUAUUGCUAACCAGAAUCUAAAUUAAAAAAGGAAAAUAAAACAAACUUCUUCACAGUU